AUGUCCUUCACCCCAACCGCCCUCCCCGCCCUCCCCCUCCGCGAGGCGAUCGUAGACCCGCUCUACCGCGCCGUCCUCUCCUACGACGACAAUAACCUCUCUCUAUUCGAGUCCGCCUUCUUCGAGGACGCCGUCUUCGACUUCAACGGCCGCGUGAUGGAGGGCCGCGCGGCCAUCAAGGCCGGCAGCUGGGACCCCGUUGCCCCGCUGGACACCACUCACUUUUUGAGUAAUGUGCGCAUCAACCUCUCUUCAGAGGAUAGUGUGACGGCGACCGUGACCGCCUCGGCGUUGGCACAGCAUUUCCGGGCGGGUCAGGGGAAUCAGCCUGAUACUACCCGGUUGACGAGCGGGGCACUUUAUUCGGUUGAUGUGGCGAGGGACUUUGCGGGGGUAAAUGGGGAUGGGGGUGGGAGCGGGGUGUGGAGGAUUAAGCGGUGGAGGAUGCGGUUGGUGUGGACGGAGGGGGAUUGGGGGGUUAUGACGGGGAAUUAG